ACUCGUUACUCGCUCUCAAACUAUGGCGGCCAUGUUGUAUCCGCGGGGGUUUGGAGACUGUUCGGAACAGAGUCUUUCAGUCGGGAGUAUACGGUGGGGCUCUCGGGCUUGAACUCGUCUGGGUUUUACACCAUUUGAGAUCUACACUCCUCGCUAUGAGCCGUCCGUCCUCUGCGGGUGGUGCGGCCGGAGGACUCGGAGCUGGUAAAGCAGGAGGAAGUAAGCAUGGAGGUUCUGGAGGAACAACCGCCUCUGCUGCCGCCGCCGCCGCCGCUGCAGCUGCUGCCGCUGCGGCCGCCGCAGCAGCCGCCGCCGCGGGGGUAUCCGGCUCUGUCGCGGGCUCGGGUACGGUGCCCGCGGCCGCUGUAGCCCUUCCAGCCGCCGCGCUACCGGGACAGUCAGCCGAACUGACAGCGCUGUUUGAGUGCCCGGUGUGUUUUGACUAUGUGCUGCCUCCGAUAUUGCAGUGCCAGGCUGGGCAUCUGGUGUGUAACCAGUGUCGGCAAAAGCUCAGCUGUUGUCCAACUUGUCGCGGCCCUCUCACGCCUAGCAUAAGGAACCUGGCAAUGGAAAAAGUUGCAUCUACUUUGCCGUUUCCUUGUAAGUAUGCCUCAGCUGGAUGUCUGCUGUCCCUCCACCACAGCGAGAAGCCGGAGCAUGAAGAAGUCUGCGAGUUCCGCCCGUACACCUGCCCAUGCCCGGGGGCUUCCUGUAAAUGGCAGGGCUCCUUGGAAGCCGUCAUGCCACAUCUUAUGCAUGCCCACAAAUCCAUUACCACCUUACAGGGCGAGGACAUUGUCUUUCUGGCCACGGAUAUUAAUCUACCGGGGGCUGUGGACUGGGUCAUGAUGCAGUCGUGUUUCGGUCACCACUUCAUGCUGGUUUUAGAGAAGCAGGAGAAAUACGAAGGACAUCAGCAGUUCUUUGCCAUCGUGCUGCUCAUUGGCACGCGAAAGCAAGCUGAGAACUUUGCUUACCGCCUCGAGUUGAACGGCAACCGUAGGCGGCUCACGUGGGAGGCCACGCCGCGCUCGAUCCACGAUGGUGUAGCGGCAGCCAUUAUGAACAGUGACUGUCUUGUAUUUGAUACCUCUAUUGCCCAUCUGUUUGCAGACAAUGGCAACCUGGGUAUCAACGUAACCAUCUCCAUGUGCUGAGGUGGCAGCGUAAGGCUUUAUCCAGUGACUCAAAACUUGGACAACCUCUGCUCCCUAUCAGACUGCAGGUUCUGAAGGCAACGGUUGGGAGAUGUAUACAUUUGUGUAUAUUUCUGUUCAAGAGUCAUCUGUUAAAACAGUGCACACUUUCCAGAUUCACUAGUAAGUUAGUAUGCUAGAUGGAUGGCAAGAGUCCUUGAAGUGGGGAGUGUGCAGGUGUUAGCAAUCAGUUAGGCAUUGGUGCAAUUGGGAAUUUCUUUUGCACACCCCAAGGAUACAGACAUCUCAGCUUUCUGAAUACACCUUCGAUAAAAGUUCAGGUGUGGAUGACCACCGUCAGAAUCAAAAUGCUAACUUGGGAGAUGUCUAGGCAUAAAGGUGUAACAUUUGCCUCAGAAGCUUAUAAAACAUACGUGUACAAAAACUGCACUGACAACUUUGGUUUUCGUCUUUGAGUGAAACCAUGGAAAUUGUACAUGACAAUGUAAAUCCUCUCAAUUUCAUGGUUGUAUAUUGGCUUGAUAAAACAAUGCCCAUGGUGGAAAUACGGUGUGCAUGGUGGAAAUAAAAUUCACUUGCAAAAAUGACUUGCAUAGCCACCAUGUUUGUAAGGCAAGAAUCUGACCUCUUCACUAUGUUUGUUUUUCCUUCCUCCCUAUCUUUUUUUUUAAAUACUAUGUUGUCAAUGUUGCAAGACUUAAAGACAGUACUUAAAGUUUAUUUUGUGGUCCUCUGUUAAAACUUGUGCAGAGGAGAGAACUGCUUUGUGAUCAACACAGAUACUGAUCAUAAGCUCUAUAAAAUGACAGAACUACAACCAACCUUUUCAAAUUUUGUUACCCAUGAUCUAAUGCCACAAAUAUUCAUCAAUGUAUUUGUAUAUGAUGCUUAAUUGUAUUUUUUUUUUUUUUUUUUUUUUUUUUUUUUUUUUUUAAAAAUAGUUGGCCUAGAAAUGAUAAAUCUGUUAUUUAGUUACCCUCAUGUUUUAUAAUGUAUUUGUGGAGCACCAAAGGAGAAAAUGAGUAGAAUCUAAACUGUUCUCUUUCAGUAAAGUGUACGUGGAUGGGACUGGGCUUGCCAAGCUCCAAAAAGGACAAACAAACACAGACCAUACAACCUGUGCUCUACAUUGCAAGUCUUCUGAAGCCAUAUGAUAGCUUUGUUUGAGGCAGAAACUGAAAUUUAAGAUUUUUUUUAACAUAAAAUUUUUAAUUGUAUGAAAAAUAGCAGCUCACACAUUUUGCUAGAUGAAUCCUUUACAGGUUUCAGUAACACAAGGGUGAAAAAAUAACAGAAUUUUCAUUUUUGAGAAAAACUAUUUUAUAUAAGUGUUCCACCUUUGCAUCUUAGUGUACUUUGUCUUGUCAACAAUGACUGUAUGUAAAAGAUUAAGCCUGCGCACAAACAAUUUAUUUUCUCGUUGAUAAAGUGUCUGCAUUUAAUUGGUUUGUCUUUGUACUUUUUCUUUUUUUUGAGGUUCUCUUUAAGGUUAAGAAAAGCUUUUGUAAAUACAUAAACAACUUUAGUUUUGUUGAUAUUCGUUGUUAUUGUUACGUCUCUUACGAAAUGAUCGUUUAAUCUAGUUUUGUUUACUCUAGUUCUUUUAAACCCAGUAAGAUCUGAGCAAUUUCUCACUCUCCUCAUUGGUCAAUGAACCCACAAUGCCUUACUUGUAUACAAACUCAGUCGUUUAGAGUCUGCCGCCUUCUAGGACUCUGUGUCAAGUUCAGGUCACUAUCCUCCAAACCUCCAGUGUCUUGAAAGAGACUUAUAAAGUGGCGUUAUGAGUGGGAAGGACAUGGCACGUCAUUCUACUUUGCCCCCAAAACCUGCUGCAGUAACAAUUUCACUUACACUGUUCAAGUACGGAACCCAGCCUCUUUUCAAAUACCUCUGAUGACUUUGGAGAUGUCUGUGCAAGAAGAGCAUUGAUAUCCCUGAAUGUGGGUGGUUCUGUGAAGAGAUCUUUGAUGCACAACUGAUGCCCUCAGCUCAUCUUUAUCUGUCUGCAAUUUCACUCCUGAAAAAUAAUUUAAAAAUGUAAAUUAAAUGUUUUAUAAAUC